UGUAGCUUAAAAGAUAAGAGGUAGUGAGUGAGAGUAGCCAAGAUUAUCUUUUGUUCCCAGAGUCCAUAGUUGAAGUUAAAGAUGAGGUGGUGGUGUUGGACGGUGUUGCUGGUAGUAGUUGCUAGUGUGGCAAUGGCAGAAGAUGGAAAUCCCAUAAAAGCCACGUCACACGCGCAGAUCCAGUGCACAAUGUGUUCCUCUUGUGAAAACCCUUGCAACCCACUUCCUCCUCCUCCCAACUCCGCCGGAGGAGCCUCCUACUAUUCCCCGCCUCCACCCUCUCAGUAUACAUACUCCUCACCACCACCUCCCGCAUCCUCUGGAGGUGGAGGAAUCUACUACUACCCUCCUCCCAGCGGCGGAAGCUACCCUCGGCCGCCGCCGCCCAACCCGAUUGUGCCGUAUUUUCCUUUCUACUUCUACGGCCCUCCGCAUCCCGACGUGGGCGGCGGCGCUCCUCCGGCCUCCGCCGCCUUCUGGCUUGUCUCUGCACUUGGAUUAUCAUCCCUUGUGGUGUUGUGGGUUUGAGAAGGAAAAGGGUGAGAAUAACGGCGCAGAUCUAAGCCAAAUGAAACCCUCUAGAACUCUUUUUAUUAUGAUAUAUAUAUGUUUUGUAGUGCCAAUGUAGAUUCAUCUGCUCUUUCUUCACCACUCUUAUGUAUGCUUUCCCUAUCUAGACAUGAAUUCAGGAUACUUAUCACCUA